AUGGCAAGGUCCGUAUGCGACAAUCGUGUCUUUAUCACUGGUGUCACUGGAUACAUCGGGUUCCAAACACUCCUCUUGGCCCUUAAAAGAGGGUACAAUGUUCGCGCAGUGGUGCGCAAAAGAGAAUCGGUCGUCGAAUUGAAGCGACACCCCGCCAUCAAUAGCAGUGUUGAUAACGCGCAACUUGUCUUUGUCGUUAUCCCGGACUUCCUGGAACCAGAUGCGUUUGUCCCACACUUUGAUGGAAUCGCUACUAUCAUCCAUCUGGCCUCGCCUCUGGGCUUUUCGGCCGACAAUCUUGUUGAAGGAAUUGUCAAACCGGCGGUCUCUAUGGUCAUGGCCGUUCUAGAAGCUGCUGCUCGCCAGCCUUCCGUCCGCCGCGUGGUGCUGACAUCCUCGUGUGUCACCUUGAUUCCAUAUGAAUGGAAUAUGAAACCUGACAACGAAAGACUCUACAAUGUAAAUGACAUCAACGACAACAUGGACGGCCCAUAUGAAACCGCCAUGGAAGCCUACUGGGCCUCCAAAGCCCUUGCUCGAACUGCGACAAGAAACUUUGUACGCGACACCCAGCCUCAAUUCGAUUUUGUCAACCUGUUGCCGUCGGUCGUCAUUGGGCCCGACACUCGUCUUGACUUCGACCCUGCUGCGACGUCGGAUAACCUUAACCAAGGCACACGGGCUAGCGUCCUUGCACCUGCACUUGAUUCGUCGCGCAACUCACCUUUCCCUUAUGUCGGCACUCCUGUGCACGUUGCCGAUGUUGCGCGAGCUCAUGUGGACGCAAUUAACAGAACCCAUGUCCCGGGAAACUCGGAGUAUAUCUUGUCGUCCGACACGCCGGAUGGUGUUGAGUGGGAUAUAGACAUUCAGAAAAUUUGCAGAGAGCAUUUUCCUGAACAAGUCUUGAACAAAGAAUUGCCUAUGGAAGGGACUCUACCGGCAAUCAAAUGGAGGUUGGAUGCUGAUGAUACACAUAAAGUGUUUGGGUGGCAAUUUGUGCCAUUCUCGGAGACUGCGAAGGAGCUUCUCUCGCAAUACCUGAAGCUUCAUGCCAAGAAGGGAUGA